AUGCAUAUACCCGACGUUACCGCGGACAACGCAGUGGCAUCCGCACUCGCAGAAUGGAUGAUUGUUGCUUACGAUGCAUACAUGCCGACGUGCUCACACACUCGGAUCAAGCUGCGCGGCCCUCCCCGCCCCUCUUGGCUCUACGGCUACAACAAGAUCUUCCUCACCACUCCCUCCGCGCAACUACAUGAAACCUGGCAAGCCAAGUACGGCGAUGCCUACUCCCUCCCUGUCGCCGUGGGGGAAACAAGGAUCGCCCUGCUCGACCCGAAGGCGCUAGUGUGGGUGUUCUCCUCGAAUGUGUAUAACUAUGUGCGGCCGGUGGGCCAGUCCAAGCUCGUGGCCUCUUUGGUAUGGGACGACCACAAACGGAUCAGGAAGACGAUGAUGCCCGGGUUCACGCCUGCUGCCCUCAGGUCCUUCACCACUGUCUUCUUAGAAGAAGCCUACCACGUCAAGGAUGCGUGGAGCACCAUGUUCUCUGAACAAAAGGGCGGGCUCGACUCGAUCGGAAAAGCCGGAUUUGGGCACGACUUCGCCUCCGUAACCGGGGAGAAACCGCUCAUCCAAAAACUGCUCGACUCGUUCGGCACCAGCCGCCAGUCCCCGAUCACGGCCCUCGUCCUCUCCCUCGUGCACGCUUUCCCGAUCCUGGUCGAUCUCCCUACCAAGCGGAAAGUGUUCAGGGACAAGCUCCGAAUGGCUAUGAUGGGCAUCGCUACUGACAUACUGGAGGAGAGUCAUAAGGUCGGCGAGGAGGGGAGAAAAAGCUUGAUCGAGAACGUCCUAUCUCGUUCCACUUCUUUCCCGCCCAUUCACCAUUCUUGGCAGAUCAACACUAUCAUGUUUGCGGGAUAUGACACGACUUCCACCACUCUCCUAUGGGCGCUGCACGAGCUCUCCCUGAACCCUACCGCUCAGUCCAAGUUGAGGGAGGAACUUUCCCAGUUCCAUGAGCCGACGUACGACCAUCUGCGGGAAAAGAUGGUCUACCUCGACGCGGUUGUGAAAGAAGUGCUCCGGCUGCAUCCUUCCAUUGUCGAGAUCUACUGGAACGCGAUAAAAGAUGACGUCCUACCCCUCGCUCGGCCUAUAACGACCGCUUCGGGCGAACAAAUCAGUCAGAUCCCCAUCAAGGGCGGCCAGGGGAUCACAGUCCCUAUCGAGGCGCUCGUGCGUUCCCCCGCCAUUUGGGGGGAAGACAGCCACGAGUUCCGGCCUGAACGAUGGAAUGAACAUCUCCCGGAGAGGGUGAGGGAGUUCCAUGCCUGGUCGAACUUGUGGACCUUUGGUGAUGGGCCAAGAGGCUGUAUCGGGCGGACGUUCGCCAUCGCGGAACUCAAAGCUGUCAUAUGCAUCCUCAUCCAAAACUUUACGUUCGAGCCGCUCACCCCGGGAGGGAAGGAUGUCCGCCGUGUACCGGGUGUAACCCCGCGACCGGUGAACGACGGCAGCCAUGGGCUCAAGCUGAGGGUUUCUCAAAUCGGGAUGGAUUGA